AUGCACAGGAGAACAAAGCACUGGUGGACAAAUCAAUGGAGGAACAGCACUGGAGGACAAGGCAGUGGAGAACAAGGCAGUGGAGGACAAGGCAGUGGAGAACAAGGCAGUGGAGGACAGGGCAGUGGAGGACAGGGCAGUGGAGGACAGGGCAGUGGAGGACAGGGCAGUGAAGGACGGGGCAGUGGAGGACAGGGCAGUGAAGGACGGGGCAGUGGAGGACAGGGCAGUGAAGGACAAGGCAGUGAAGGAUCUGUACAGAAAGAUCAGCAAAAAAAUAAAGACAAAUCACAGGAGGGCAAAGCAGUGGAGGAUCAACACAGGAUAUCAACUUAA